AUGAAUCUACCCUACAAAUGGCCCACAAGCCAAAAAGGGACCCACCGGUCCUCCUCCCCCCUGGGGAGCUCACUGGCCAGCACCGCACAGGGCCCACCGGUCCUCCUCCCCCCUGGGGAGCUCGCUGGCCAGCACCGCACAGGACCCACCGGUCCUCCUCCCCCCUGGGGAGCUCGCUGGCCGGCACCGCACAGGACCCACCGGUCCUCCUCCCCCCUGGGGAGCUCGCUGGCCAGCACCGCAGAGGACCCAACGGUCCUCCUCCCCUCUGGGGAGCUCGCUGGCCAGCACCGCACAGGACCCACCGGUCCUCCUCCCCCCUGGGGAGCUCGCUGGCCAGCACCGCACAGGACCCACCGGUCCUCCUCCCCCCUGGGGAGCUCGCUGGCCAGCACCGCAGAGGACCCAACGGUCCUCCUCCCCUCUGGGGAGCUCGCUGGCCAGCACCGCACAGGACCCACCGGUCCUCCUCCCCCCUGGGGAGCUCGCUGGCCAGCACCGCACAGGACCCAACGGUCCUCCUCCCCCCUGGGGAGCUCGCUGGCCAGCACCGCACAGGACCCACCGGUCCUCCUCCCCACUGGGGAGCUCGCUGGCCAGCACCUCACAGGACCCACCGGUCCUCCUCCCCCCUGGGGAGCUCGCUGGCCAGCACUGCACAGGACCCACUGGUCCUCCUCCCCCCUGGGGAACUCGCUGGCCAGCACCGCACAGGACCCACCGGUCCUCCUCCCCCCUGGGGAGCUCGCUGGCCAGCACCGCACAGGACCCACCGGUCCUCCUCCCCCCUGGGGAGCUCGCUGGCCAGCACCGCACAGGACCCACCGGUCCUCCUCCCCCCUGGGGAGCUCGCUGGCCAGCACCGCACGGGAGCGCAUGGGGUUGUGCCAAUUGUUUGCCGCAGUCUUUCUUCGCCGAUGGUCUCUCAUGGCGACCCAAAGCUAUGAUUUUGCCAACCUGCUGGUGCCAACUGCCGCUGGACGAGCCCCUGGUUAUUGCACGCCACUGGCGAUGUCGUAG